AUGGCAUGGUCAAGCACAGUGCAUGAGCGUUACCCAGAGUUGUUGGAAAAGCAUGGAGCCAGUAAGAACCCGAUUGAUGAAGCCAAAUUUAGCCCCGAAGAAAGUAGACUGUCGAAAGCCAUGUACACGUUUCUGAUACAGUACUGUCCCGAGCCAACGAUGAACGUCAUAGGACAAGGGUUGCGUGAUGCCAACGGUUUUGAGGUUUGGAGAAGAUUGGUGCUUCUGAGCGAGCCAGCGCGUCGGACUAAGGCCUGGGUGUGGCGCAGGCACUUAGCAAAUCCCUCGUUUCCGAGUGACAUUGCACAGUGGAGCACAGCGCUUCACCAGUGGGAAGCUGAACUUCGAGAGUUUGAGCGUACGUACAACACAGCGUUUUCAGAAGAUGAGAAAGUUUCCAUUUUGGCUCAUAUUGCACCGAAAGAGUUGCAGCAAAGCAUCUUCAUGCACAGUGAUGUGUUGAACGGAUACGACAAGAUACGAGAGUACAUCGAACAGUAUCUGAUCAACAGAAACCUGUGGAAAAGGCCUCAAGGUUCACAGUUCGGGAUGCCCAAAGCCUCAAACAAAACUGCUGAGCAUGAUGAUGGGGGAGUGAGGCCUAUGGACAUCGGCGGAGACAACUGGAGCAACAAAGGAAAGGACAAAUGGAAGGAGAAGUGGAACAACAACAGGUGGGACAACAAUGGCAAAGGGAAAGGUAAGGAUGGGAAGAAAGGCAAAACCGACAAGGGAAAAGGAGCAGGCAACAACAACAAAGGAGGCAAAGGAAAGCAAAACGAUGGGAAAGGAAAGAACAACAAUCCGCACGCUGGAAAGCAGUGCCAUAUAUGCCACAGGCAUGGUCACAUUGCUGCAGACUGCUGGUGGAAGGUUGGAGCAGUCGACAACGAGGCCUACACCGAGACCGGUGGGACGGGUGCAUCGACUGCCCCAGAAGACCGGAGUGGCAACGGUGCAGGGAUUGGUUCUGUGUUUGAAGGUUCGCAGCGUGUUGUCAAGUGGAGUGAUGAAGAUGUGAUAUUCACUGUGAGUGAGAGUUCCGUCGCAGCUGUGACUGCAAAACAGCUAGGCAACCGGUAUCUUCUCAUCGACUCAGGAGCCUGUGAGAGUGUAGCAAAAGUAGGAGACUUUGAAGCACAGGUGGAUGCCUCGAAAGCGAAGCCUUUGUUCAGCGUGCAAGGGACGCCGCUUAAGGUGUAUGGAAAGCAGUACCCUCAGGUCAUGUUCGGACAAACCAAAGGAGCAGUAGAAAUGACCGUAACGGAUGCUGCUGAGAGCCUAGUUUCGGUUCACAGCUUGGUAGCGAGAGGACACAAGGUGGUUUUCAGCCCAGGAGGGUGUUUCCUCGAGACCAGCGCGGGUGACACCGUACCACUUGAGCUUCAUGGGAAAAGGUGGUACUUGAAAGUGAUGGACGUGGGCGAAGGGAGCGCGCCUGCAGGAGGCAGGAGGGUCGCACCCAUUGCCGACAAGCCGGAUCUGGGUCGUCGAGAGGAAGACCGCUGGAAGAGAGAAGUGAAGGAUGGGGUGGAGUAUCUCAUUCGAGAGCACAACAGCCCAAGAAAGCGUUUGUUUGCGCCAAAGAUCAAGGAUCUCCCUGUGCCCUUGGAGAGACUGGAGAGUGGAAGGCUCACCAAGAUGAUCUUCGAGGAGGAUGGGUCCCAGAAGGAAGAUCGGAGUGCGUGGGAAGACAAGCGCUUUGCAAUGAGGGAUAUGAAGCAUGCUUGGCUGGGAGAAACCUGGUUCAGGCUGAAGCCAGAAAGAGAAGAAGCAGCUGCUGAGGAAGAGCAGCCAGACUAUGAAGGCGAAUGGAUGCAAGGACUAGACGAGGCAUAUGAAGAAGAGAUUGCGCAAGGAGAGGAAGCUCAUGGAGGAGUUGUGGAAGACGACGAAGACGCAGUGGAUCGGCUGAUGAUAGAUGAGGACAGAGAAAGAGACCAGAGCAAGGUCAUCAAGGCGCCGAAGGAGCCGUCGGCUCAGGAGGUGGAAGAACACAACCUCCACCAUGCCAACUUCGAGAGUUGGUGCCCUGUUUGUGUGAUGGGGCAAGGUAAGAGCAAGCAGCACAGGAGGGUCAAGGAAGACCCCAAGGAGCAUGUGAUCUACUCCGACUACAUGUUCUUUUCUGGAGAAGGCAAGGAAGUGAACAAAGAAGAAGGAGAAAAGAAGCGGGCUGGUUUGGUAACCGUUCUCACUGCAAUUUGCAAAGAGAGCCAGUACCCUUUCGCGCUGGUGUUGCCAUCCAAAGCCAGCGUGGACUACGCAAGCAAGGCAAUGAUCAGCUGGAUCAAGGAUCUGAAGUGGGACAAGGUAGUGAUCCAUUUCGACCAAGAAAGCGCUCUGAACAAGAUAUAUGAAAGGGUGCAGAAGGAAAUGGGUGACACCGUUACUCUGCGGAGAUCACCGCGAUACAGUUCACAGUCCUUAGCAGAUGGAGAGAUGGUCAACGGUUUUCUGGCAGGCAAGAUUCGCACAUGGCUUGCGGAGGUGUCAGAGAAAUACAAAGUCAAGAUUGGCUGUGACAGUGUCUUGUUUCCAUGGAUUGUGCGACACAGUGCGUGGACGGUGGCACGGUUUCACAUCAACCAUUCGAAGACAACGGCGUUCAGAGUCAUCAAUGGGUUUGACUAUGUGGGUGAGAUGAUGACUUUCGGACAGGUGUCCUUAGCAAAAUUUCCGAAGCAAAAGGACAAGGCAGCUCCAAGAUGGAUUCGCGGAGUGUAUGCCGGAAAGAAUGCUGCAGGAGAUGAGCACUUGGUGCUUACAGAGUCAGGGGUGCAGACAUGCCGCACCGUGAGGAGGUUACCAGAAAGUGCAAGAUAUGAAGCGGCGAUACUCGACAAGGCAAAGGGAGUGCCUUGGAACAGGUACUUGGGCAUUGCAACAAGCAAGGUAGUGCAAGAACGGUCUGAGAGCAAGGGUGUAGCAGUUCCGGAGUUGGAGCCUGCAGAGACCUACGACUUCAAGCCAGAGACGAUAGUGGUGCCAAUGCCGGCGCCAAGAGCAGCAGACGAUGCAGGAAAGGAAACAAGGGUGGAGCCUGCGCAGGCCAGUCGGCCGCCGGGUGACACCGGGAAUGCUGCAGCUAGCACGCAGCAGUUCAACAUUGCUACGCCUGAUGCCAGCAUGGGCACAGACAGUCUCGACACGAGCAUGUAUGUGCCAAGCGUGCCGGGAGAUGUAGCGCAGAACAUGGUGGACAGCGUGAGUAACCAUGGGACCUGGCUGGAGGGUAGUGCUCUCCUACCAAAAGAAGAUGUGGGUGUGUACAAGAAGUGGCUGAAGCAAAACAAAGAUUGCUUCAACGAGACAAUGGUGAGCAACAUCAUGGACUACCUGGACACGUUGCAGAUUGACGAGAAAGAGUUGAGGAGAGCGAGAAAGGAAGAGCUGAGAAAGCUAAAUGAGGUGUACGGUGCCUUCACACCGAGAGAUGGGAGACAGAUAACAAAGGACCUGACGGUGUUCGGCCACAAGUGGGUUGACAAGGUCACUGAAGGAGUGGCAAAGUCACGACUCACAUGCCAGGACUUCAAGAAGAAGCAAGAAGCAAAUGAGAAGCACAACUCAGAGUACCCUUCAAAUUUCUGUCCAACGCCACACGCCACCUCGAGGAAGUUGUUGGAGGUUUACUCGCUGACGACAAAGAUGCCGAGAGUCAAGGCCGACCUUAGCUCAGCUUUCCUCAUUGCGAAAGAUGGUGGAGAUGCAAAAGGACAACCAGUGAUGAUGAAGCCGCCAAAGGAAUGGCUGGAGGAAUACGAUGAGUGGUACGCAAAAGCAAGCCCAGAAAUGCAAGAGCAGAUGAAGAACGUGCCGAAAGAAAGCGUGCUAUGGCAGGUCGAUGGAAAUCUGUAUGGAAGGCAGUCAGCGGCAGCGCAGUACAGAGAUCGUCUGGAAACCAUUUUGACCAAGGAACUCCCGAAGGGAGUGUAUCAGUUUCACAGGGGGACACUAGACGCAUGUGUCUUUCGAUGCGUGCGAACAGGGAUCGUUUUGAUCCACCACAUAGACGAUUUCGACGUUUGUGGACCGGCAGAGUUGCUGGAUGACCUGCUGAAAGUUCAGCUGCCGAAGUGCGGAUGCAAGCUAAAAGUGGGUGAGCUUGAAUGGCCAGGCGCAGCAAGCAGUAGCACGAGUGAAUUUCUUGGCAGAAAGAAGAUCCUGGUGGAGGGAGCUGUGGUUACGAUGCCGAACGAAAAGCAUACCACUGACAUCCUUAGGAUGCUAGGACUAGAGGACGCCAAGCCAAGCCCCGUUCCGGGAAAGAAGCUCAACCUAAAGGAUGACAAGCUUCUGGAGGGCAGAGCCAAAGAAAUCUACGCUAGCUGUGUAGGCAGUGCUACCUACCUGUCGCAGGAUCGACCCGACAUCAAAUUCGCAUGCAAGGAGCUUGCAAAGCGGAUUAGGAAUCCCAGGGAAUGUGACAUGCAAAACCUCAAGACGUUAGGUAGAUAUCUCAGGGGAACCAUGCACGUGGGACAUGUGACAAAGAUGAGUGAAGACUUCGAACCAGCUGCAGGGAUUCCGCUGCAGGGGUAUUGCGACAGUGACUGGGCAGGUGACAGAGAAGACCGCAAGAGCACCAGUGGGCAGGCAAUAGUCCUAGGAGGGACCGUGGUUGAAACUUCUGCUCGGAGUCAGCAAGGAACUCCUGCGACCAGCUCAGGAGAGGCAGAAGUCAGAGCCCUAACUCAGUGCGCCCAGGACCUAGUUUUCGUGCGGAACUUAGGUGUGGAAGACUUUGGCAUGACGAUCGAUGUGCCAAGACUGUUUUGUGACAGUAGUGCAGCCAUCCAAGUUGCACGGAGAUUGGGUGUUGGGAAAAUGCGACAUGUUGAUCUGGGACAUUUCUACAUUCAAGAGCUUGUGAAAGAGAAAAGAGUGAUCGUGCAGAAAAUCAAAGGAACGGAAAACCCAUCGAAUGCUUUGACGAAGCACUUAACAACCGGAAAGGAGAUGGAAGAAGCACGCGAAAUGCUCGGGUUGGUUUCCUUGGACAAGCAAGGACUUGACAAGCACGUUACAAAGAACAGCAUGCAAACCAUCGGAGCAGUCAACAUUUGGAAAAAGUGGCAGCCGCAGCAGUGCUCAAAGCUGAACAUACAGCAAUUUGUCAGGAGUCACCUCAUGGAUCUCAUUCCUCAUGGACCGGGUGACACCGGAACCCAAUGGUUGCUCUUCGUAGUAGUCAGUGUGGUUCUGAACAUCAUCACGCUCUCAGUGAUGGUGUGCACAUGCCUCUGUAAGUGUAUCCAUUUUGGAAACCGAGAGGUGUUCAUCUACAUGGGUGAAAAGUGCCCAGAUGCAAAGCUCUAUGUGAGUCGCAAGGGACGAAAGUUCCAUGCAAAUCCAAAGUGUCACGGACUGAUCCAAGCCACGGAUGUCCAAGGUAUCACCGUUUGCAAGUAUUGCUUUAAAGGCAAGAUUGAGUGA